CGAACUUGUUUCUCUCGUCUGCCAAAUAUCUUUCUCUCCGACCAACAAGAUGAUCGUACGGUUAUGAGUUCAAUUUCUCGACUUUGAGCUUUUUGUCGUCUUACUUCUGCUUUCAAGAAAGCAGCACGAUGUUAAGAAGAUCAUUUACAAGAGCCUUUGGCCAUCGAACUUACUUACAUGCAAUACGAAUAUCCAAAUUGACAAGACCCAUAUAACAUCCUAUAGACUCCUCGACUUGAUCGAUAUUAUCAACCACCAUCAGACACAAGAAGCAUAGGAAAAGAGGAGGUGAAGGAAAUCAGGAGAGACGGAAAACACUCGGUGAUGUCACCGAUAGCCCUUCAAACACCACCCAUCCUAUUGGGAGAUCAUAAUUCAACACCCGAUCUCCCACGUCGUCCAUCACCAUGGACAGAUCUUUCUCAUUCUCUAUCCGAAACAUCUUUACCACUUCGUAAACCUUCAAUAUCCACUCCUGAUCUCAAACCCAACUCUAAUCCCAUUCCUACUCCUAACACUCCCUCCCCUUCCCCACCUUUACCCGCUUUAUCAACUUCACAAGCACUCAGAGAAUGGGAAGAUCUACUAGCUCGACCAGAUUCAGCAGCUAGGAGACAUCAAUUAGUACAUCAUUCUCCCAGUCCCACUCCGUCUGUUUCGGGAAGACCAAAGUUGGUGGCGGAACAGGAUAAGAGAGGACAUAUAGAGUAUAAAUUGAAAUUGAUCGAUCCGACUCCUGAGAGAUUUGAGAGGUUAGUCACGCAGAUGAUAUGGAGGUUGAAGCAGGGAAAGAACGAGGCGAUAUAUGAGAUCGGACUGGCUGAUGAUGGAACUGUCAUAGGGCUCACUCGAUCGGAAAUGGAUGCUUCUUUACGAACACUCGAACUGAUGGCUUCUGAGUUGGGCGCCACAGUACUUGUCUUGAAGGAAAUUGUAAUAACCGGUACGGCGGCUUUGAACAAGCGUUCGGUGGAAUCAUCCCUUCCGUCAUCUUCAGUUUCCAUUUCUUCUUCUUCCUCCUGUAUCCUUGAAAAAUCAUCACCUCGUCCGUCCAUUAUCGAUCCCGAUAUGUUCCCUCCAAAGUCGGAACCAAACCCUCCAGAAAGAAAACUCGUUUUCGCUCAACCCAGUAUGGAAGAACUUCUCUCCAACAACCCCUCCCCAAAGUCAAAAUGGAGAAGAGAUUCGCCAGAAGACGAUAUCCCUCCGUUCCAUCUCGAUCUAGACAAUCAUUCUCCUAUCGGACCUGACUGUGAAAAGAAAGGACGGUACAAGACCUCUCCACGUUUACCCAAAUCUCAAUCAGAACUCACACCUGAGGAGAUCGAGGAGAGAAGGGUGAAAUUGGAGCUUAAGAAGGCUCGUGCGGCCGCGCGGAUCGAACAACGACGUCUUGAUUUAAUACGAGGAGAUGGGACCAACCCACUCUGGCUGGAAACCCAAGCAAUCCUCAAACAAUCACCAAAACUUGAACCCAUGACCAAAUUCGCACCUCUCCCUAUGCACCGUCAUCAACCUGCUAUCCCCUCCUCUCUGAGAUUAGCAUCGCCAGCAGGGUCGUCGCCUGAUGAUUUGCUUCAUCAACCUCUGGACUCGUUAUCCCUCUCCUUCGCAGACGUCCGAACCGUCACUGCGGGCUCCCGGCCGGUAUCUCCAUGGUCAGACACGGAACACGCUCCAUCGUCCAGCUCGGAUGGAGGAGAAUCGGAAGUUCCACCGACCGGAGAGAUGAUCUGCGUGGAGGCUUUAGUGGUGAGGAAGGUUCAACAUGCCGAGGAAGGCGAGGAGGAAGAGGACGGGUGGGAAUGGGGUGGUGAGGAAGAUGGAUGGGGUUUAGGUGCUGAAGGUGAGGUAGAGCAUGAUGAUGAUGUUGACAGUGUGUCGAUGGAAGAUGAAGUGGAAGAUGUGAGUUUUGAGAAGUCGAACGAUGUUUGGGGUUUUGAGUUGGAGCAGUAGUGGGGAGAGGAAUGAAAGAGAGAGGUGUUGUCAUCUAAAAAGCAUCAUAAGUACCAAAUGCAUUGUAACGUGUC